UAUUUAUGUAUAUAUAUUCUCAACCGGCCUCCUUUCUCAAACCUCAUUCAUUCCCCACAAAAUCAAAAUGACUUUUGAAAUUUCAGAGUGGUUACAAAAUUCCACACCUAUCAUCACAAUCUUCAACAUCAUGUUUUUCACCUUCACACUCCUCUUCUCCAUCUUCUCAUUCCUCAUCUUCAUCUCAAGACUAAAACCAUGGUGCAAUUGCAACAUUUGUAGUAGCUACCUAACAAUGAAUUGGACCAAAGAAUUCAUAAACCUUAGUGAUUGGUACACUCACCUUCUCAAAAAAUCACCAACCGGAACCAUCCAUAUUCAUGUUCUUAACAACACCAUCACAUGCAAUCAACAAAACAUAGAACAUAUUCUCAAAACCCGUUUUGAAAAUUACCCUAAAGGAAAACCCUUUUCCGCGAUCCUCGGUGAUCUUCUCGGUGAUGGUAUAUUUAAUGUCGACGGUGUUUCAUGGAACUUUCAACGUAAAAUGGCGAGUCUCGAACUCACGAGUGUAACGGUACGUUCCUAUGCUUUAGAAAUAAUUAUUGAAGAAAUUCAUACGAGACUUAUUCCUUUCAUGAACUCAUUUGCACAUGCCGAAAAAGUUUUCGACUUACAAGACAUUAUGCGACGUUUUUCGUUCGAUAAUAUAUGUAAAUUCUCGUUCGGGUGGGACCCGCAAUGUCUUCAUGUAUCGUUACCUGUUUCGGAUUUAGCCAAUGCGUUUGAUGUGGCUUCGAAGAUUUCAGCUCGGCGUGCAUUGUCAACAUCGCCGUUGAUUUGGAAAAUUAAACGGUUCUUCAAUAUCGGCUCAGAGAAGAAUCUUAAAGAAGCGAUCAGCGUAGUGAACAAAUUAACGGACAAGAUCAUUAACAAGCGUAAGGAAAUUGGUUUUUCAGCUAGAAAUGAUCUUCUUUCGAGGUUUAUGUGUUCGGUAAACGAUGAAAAAUAUAUAAGAGACAUAGUUGUGAGUUUUUUAUUGGCUGGUCGUGACACGGUGGCAGCAAGUUUAACAUGUUUGUUUUGGUUAUUAUCGAAUAACCAAGAAGUGGAGAAAAAGAUUCAGGACGAGGUGACCCGGGUAAUAAUUAACCCGGAUCAAGAAUACCCGACUUUUGAAGAGAUUCGUCAGAUGCAUUACUUAAAUGCUGUUGUUUACGAAACAAUGAGACUUUACCCUCCAGUUCAAUUUGAUUCAAAGUUUGCAAAAAAAGAUGAUGUGUUACCAGAUGGAAGUUAUGUGAGAAAAGGUAGUCGGGUGACUUAUCACCCGUAUGCAAUGGGUCGGAUGGAGCGGGUUUGGGGAUCCGAUUGUGGGGAGUUUAAGCCGGAAAGGUGGUUGAAAGAUGGAGUUUUUGUGAAUGAGAGUAUGUUUAAGUAUCCUGUUUUUCAAGGUGGUGUUAGGGUGUGUUUGGGGAAAGAAUUGGCUUUAAUGGAAAUAAAAUGUGUUGUUGCUGCUUUGAUUAGAAGGUUUGAGAUUCGGGUCGAUGGAAAUCCGGAGCUCCGAUUUAGUCCGGGUCUUACUGCCUCUUUGAAGGAUGGGUUGCAGGUUCGGGUCUUUGAAAAAUGAUGAUAUUGCUAAUAAUAUUAUAUUGAGCAGUUCUUAUUAGCUUCACUAAUAUAAGUGGGAUUAGAAUUCAAUGUUGUAAUAAUUAUCCACUUACACACAAUUUUUAAUCUCAGCUAUCAAUCUUAGAUUGAAUGGUUUAUAUUAAAAAUUAUGUUUUUUUUAGUGAAAACAAUCUUAACCGUUAAAAUUAAAUUAGACAGCUUUGAUUUUUUUUACUGUGUUUUACUGU